AGUACAUAAAAACAAGCAAAGAGCAACGUUUCGGGACCCUCCGGACCCUUUCUCAAGCUAAUGGUGCACUAUUUAGUGUGCAAGUUAUAAAGGUAGUGAAAUGGGUGGGGAUAGAGAAAACCUCCCCUGCUCCAGUGAUAGCAUGGUUAAUUACAACAAUUUAACCCCAUAUGUGCAUACUAACAACCAGUCCUUAAAUAUUCUUAUAUAAAAAUGUUAAAAAGCAUACAAAUAUAUAUUUAGUCCACAUUUGUGCAAGAUUAGAGAUCAUUGUGUCAAAUAUCAGCAUAGUGUAUAACUGGAACACUCAUCUCUGAGACGUUUAGAGGACUAGUUCAGCACAUCAUACUCAGUACCUCCCUGAGACUCAUUGUAGUAUGCUGGAAUAGUCUUCCACCCUCAGCGUAUCCAGUGUUAUCCAGUUAGUAACCUUUAAAAAGAGAAAGAUAUAAAUAUAUAUGUAUAUAUUGGUACAUCACAUAAAAUAACAGAUAUAAAAAUACACUAAUAUAUGUACAUUCACAGGUAUCGAAAUUACUCACUUAAAGAUAAACAUUGCAGGCGUAUAUUCUCUAUUCAGACCUCGGGGCCAAAUUGUGUCCAAUUUAUUAAUCCAGAAACAAAGAGAAAUGUUCAUAAUUUCCUCUAGAAGGCUUACAAAUGAUGCACAUUCAGAGGCUGUGGGACUUUAUAACUAUUUUUCAUCUUUCCGUGCCAUUCUACUUGCAACAUUUUGGCUGAAAGUCCUACAGUGUUUUGAUGAGAGGAACAAAAUUCUGCAGUCACGGUCAGUUUCCAUGGAAAUUGGAGCUGCAAAUAUUCGAGCACUUGCAGAAGAAAUGAAAUCUCUUCGUGAAAAGUGGCCUGCUCUACUCUCAGAGGCUAGAUUGGUUGCUGAUGGCAUGGAGAUUCCGGCAGAACUAAUGAACACUCAACAGCUUCGCCGAAAGAAGUCACAGGGCCCUGGUGAACUUCAAGAUCCGGAAAAUGUUUUCAAGGUCAAUGUUUUUCUUGUGACACUAGAUACCAUCGUUUCUGACCUAGAUCAGCGAUUUAAAUCAACGGAGGAAGUCUGCUGUUUAUUUGCCCCAAUAUUGAAGUUGAGAAAGAUAGCAGAAGAUGAUCUUGAAACAUCAACCAAGUUGCUGAUUUCAAAAUACCCUCAAGAUCUUACAGACUCCUUACUGGAUGAAUUGAAGCAUCUCAGAAAGGUCUACAGUGAAACAUUUGAAGGGUUCUUGGGUCCACUGGAAUUGUUAAAUUCUAUUUAUGACCUGCAGCUUGAAGGCAUUUUUGGAGAGGUUUGUGUUGCCCUUCGGAUUUUUAUUACACUUCCUUUGUCAGUUGCUGAAGGGGAGAGAGCAUUCAGCAAAUUGUCCUUGAUAAAAAACUAUCUACGGUCAACAAUGAACGAACAGAGACUGAAUAGCCUUGCAAUGCUCUCCAUAGAACACGAACUUGCAAAUAAGCUGGAUUUCAAAGAGCUUAUUAAAGAUUUUGCAAGAAGUAAAGUAAGAAGACUUUGAGCCCAAUGUGCAAUAAACUUCCAGAAUAUGGCACUUGACAAUAACUUUACAUUACACCCUUCAAGAACUUUUUUGUUGGCGGGGUUCCUGGUUACUUAAGUCAAAAACCCCUAGCACUUUUUUUUUCUAUUUAUACUAAGACUUGUUUUUUUAUAUUUAUACUUAAAGUUGUAUAUAUGU